AUGAUCUUGUUAAAAUUUAUUUUUCCUUUUAUAUUGCUUUCGCUAAUAUCAAGAACUGUUUAUGCCCAUGAACAUCAUAAACUUUUGGAUAAUGUUGGUGCAACAGACACACCCAUUGACGGAAUUCUAUGGACUCAUAUAACUUUUAUGUCUUUAGCGUUUGGGAUAAUAUUUCCAACAGGUAUGGUCUUGGGUUUUAGUAGGUCUAAGUGGCAUAUCCCACUUCAAAUCCUAGGUUCAAUAUUAUCAUUGAUCGGUUAUUUCCUUGGUCACGCUCAUGGUGGAAGGCAAUUUAGUGGGGAUAAUGUUCAUGGAUCUUUUGCUUCGACUGUUGUCUUAACUUUAACCAGCCAAGUUUCUUUGGGUAUAUAUCUUAAAUUACACUUCGAAACUGGUUUGAAUAAAUGGUUAAGACCACUUUCCGUAAAAAUUCAUAAAUUCAUUGGAAUAAGUAUGCCUAUUAUUGGUUACAUGCAAAUGUUAUUCGGUGUUAUAACCGCAACUGGAUGGUGUCGAGAUGAUCAUUUGGGUCAAUGUCUUGCUCAUUUUAUUAUGGGGUCAUCAUUUAUUGCUUAUGGAAUUACAACCAUAUUAUUAUUGAGAAUUGGAAGUGAAUGGCUUCGAAGUAAGGGAAAAUCACAAGAUUAUUUUGACAGUUUGAUCAUCAUGGCAUGGGGAUUCAUGAACACUUGGACAGAACAUAGAUGGAACGAACCAUGGACUCAUAAGGAUUAUCAGCACACAGCACUUGGAAUAAUGUGGUGGGCUGGUGGUUUGGUUGGAUUUUAUCUUUCAAGAAAUGGAAAGAGAAAUGUCUUUCCAGGACUCGUUAUUUUAUUUACUGGUUUCGUCAUGAGCACUCAUGCUCAGAUGUUGGAAGUAUCAACCUUAGUUCAUUCAGUUUUCGGUUAUGCAUUAAUGGGUGCAGGUUUAAUAAGGAUUAUUGAAGUAUGCUUCUUUACAAAAAAUGAUGAAUCAAUUAAAAUUAUUCAACAAUUGCCUCCAUUCGUAAGAAAAAAUAAUGGUGAACCAAAAUAUGAUAAAUUAUCUAAUCAUCCAAUUCCACUUGAUACGCAAAAUGGACGUACUAAUCAUGAUUCCUUCACUUCACCUAAUAAUUAUGAAUUUAAUUCUCUUUUGGUUGUACAUGAUCAAUCUGAAGAUGAUGAUGAAAAAUAA